AUGGCUGAGAAACGCGAUCGAUAUGGCACAGGAGGAGAUCCAUCGAUUGCGCAGAGAGGGAAUGGAUAUGGAAGUGGGAAUGGUAAUGGAGCACGAGGAUAUAAUGGACGCGCGCCUCCAAAUUUAGGAUUUGAUGGAGAGGGGAGCUCAGUUUCGGGUCGCGGACCAAAUGAUAGGAGAUACGGGUCUAUGCCCCCAAACACGCCCAUGACGCCCUACACACCCUACACACCUUACACACCAGUAACUGCAGGAUAUGAUGGUGGAGAGAGUUUUAUUUCAGCAGAGACACCGAGACACGAUCAUUAUUAUGGCGGAGAGAGUGCGAUUGGAGGGCGUCCAGCAGUUACACCGGGAGCUGCAGGCUAUCGUGGCGGAGAAAGCUCUUACAAUGGUGGCACACCACAAACCGGGCGAUUUAAUGGCGGAGAAAGCUAUGCCGAAGGUCGCGCUCCUAGGCCAGGAAGAUAUGAUAUUGCUGAGAGUACUAUGUCUGUUGACACACCGCGAACUGCUCGAUUCGAUCCGGGUAUGGAAAGCUCUAUCGCGCAUCCCGAUACGCCACGUACUGCUCAUUACGAUACCACUGCAACUACCAUGUCCAUGGAUCCAUCACGAACAGGACCAUAUGAUAAAGAGAAUACAAUCACGGUAGCAGAAUAUUAUGAUCCAGAACGAGCACGAGAAAAUGAACGACAAAUGAUGGAGCGCGAGAAAUCUGAACGAGAACGAGGAAUGCGCCAACCUUCAGGAAUGGAAUACGGGCCGCGACCUACGGAAUAUUUGAGUACAUCAGGAUCAUCUACGUCUUCGUACCUCGAUAUCUCUCGCCAUUUUCCUACAAAAGGAUUUAGUUUCAGGUCUUUCUUCUCGACACCUUCCGAAAAGUCUGAUUCUAAGAAGAAGAAAGAGAAGAAGAAGAAGAAAAGCAAGAAAUUGACGAAACACAAUACCUCAUCAAGCUCCUCUUUGAAUGAAGAUUUAGCUUAUGGAACCGGAUUUCUCAGAUACAGAAGGAAGAGGAGUGUGAGAGCUAGGGAUGGCAGAGACAGGCAGUGGGAAACCAUAGGAUAUAAGUCUAGCAAGGAAAACUUGAGAGAUACUCGAUCUCCCACGAAUGACAGACCUGCAAGCUCGAAACGACCAGCUACAGAUGCUGAACUUUUGGCUUUAGGUGCUGGAAUCGCUGGACUUGCCAAACUUGCACUCGACCAUACCAACAAAGACGCCAAGAAUGGUAAGAACGGGCGCGGUGUUCCUGAACCCGUUACUUCUAGCCGAAGGGACGAGCGUGGCCUUCCACCUUCCAAGGCUAUUCCAUACGAAACCGACCCUAAUGAUGAUGAGGCAUGGGAAUCAGCUUCUGAGGACGAGUCAGAUUCAAGUGUUGAUACUGGUUUGGCGUUCGGAGGUGGUAGUCAUGUUGGCAAGAAAAGCCAGGCUGGCUUGUUCGGACGCAAGAAGACCCACGGCCCAAAGAGUCGAAAGAGUAACGUGGUCGAUCCAAGACUUCUUGGGCCAGAGAAUUCCCUCAAUGGGUAUUUAUCAGAUAGGGCUGUAGGCUUCGAAGACGUGCAAUGGGAAUCGGGUAGUGACUUUGGUCAACACACUUACAUUCCUUACAGUCAUCCAGACAGACAGGUGGAUACUUUGUAUGUGCACGAAAGGGUCAGGAUAAGCAGGACCCAAAGUGUUGGAAGUGGUUCGCAGACCCCUCUUCAAGAAGUCUUCCCAGUCCCCACCAAUGAUCCCUCUCGAUUCGAUGUGGCGCGAGCAUCUUCGUCCGAAUACAAUGCCUCUAGACCUGCACCAGUUCCAAUUCAGCAACCUCAACCCAUCACUCCGGUUUCUCAUAGUGUUUAUCACGAGUCCAACUACGUUCGUUCAGAAUCUGGCGGGAUCUUGAAAAGCUCUUCUGGUAGAUCUAAAUCUUUAGCUGGCGCGGCCUUAGCUGGCGUAGCUGGAGCCGCUGUUGGAGCUGCAAUUGCAUCUGGUCGUCGAGAUGAAAAUGAGAGUUACCGUGAUGAUGAUAGAAGGGAGAACCGGAGCUAUAGUGAAAGCGCUGUUAAUCGACGAGAGAGCGAUCGAAAAGAGCGACGCUACGAGGAGGAUCAAUACUCAAUUGCCGACAGUAGCGUCUCUAAACCUCGAGAUGAAGACCGAAAAGAGCGCCGUCGCGAUUAUGAUCAAUCUUCUAUCGCUGAUAGUAAUCUCACUUGGGAUGAAAAACGAGAGAAACGUCGCGAGGAGCGAAGAAAAGAUGAUUCUAGAAGCUCCACUUCUAAUUCUGAUCGUGAUAAGAAUCGAGAAAGGAGUCGUGAUGAUCCCGAUGCUGCUGCAGAGGAGCGAGAGAGAAGGCGACGAGAGAGACGCGAAGAGCGACGUGCACCUGAUCGCAUCGAAGACAACUAUGAAGAGCGCCGAGCCCACGUACUCUCAGAAAUAUCGGCAAUGGCUCGCACACCCACGGAUCCAUUCCAAUAUCAGGUUGCAAACACACCUCCUCGCGAGGAAAGCUCUAGCCGUCAAGCUAAAGAUCAAUCUGCACCUGCUGUUGUUACUGUCGAACGCGAACCGGAUUUCAAUCGAAAGCAAAAUUCAUCGAUCAAAGAAUCAUCUUCUAUCUCACGCUCCGAAUCGCGCACUGAGAUUUCCAUCAAGGUUGAAAAGGAACAGCGAUACAAAGAACAUGCUAGAACCCUUCAUGAUGCCGAGAUGAUCUAUGAAGAAACUGAACAUUCUACAGCCCCUAUUGAGGCAGCAGCUAUUGCCGCCGCCGCCGCCGCUUUGGCUAGGGAAAGUCGCCGAGAAUCAAGAUCAUCGAAACGACGAGGAGAGAGACGAACUGACUUUGAGGAUCUUUCAAAGGGCGGUGAUUCUGCCGAAGCCCCGGGACAAUCGCACGAUGAAGUUAUGGCAGAAGCGGAUCGAGCUUAUCGUGAAAUUCUCAUGGCUAGGAAAGUUGCUGCAGAAGUCCGCCGCUCUCGCACUCCAUCACCUGAGCGCUCUGUGAUGAACAAAUACGAAGAAGAGCCAGAAGAAGAACCGCCACGAAUUGUCACUCCUCCCGGCAUGCAUGAACGCAAGAAAGGUCCCUAUGAUGCACCAAAUGCUGAUUUCAAGCUUGAUUAUAUCAUGACACCUAGAGAUCUAAAAGUCUACAGCAUUCCAAGCAGGCGAUAUAAGGUUGAUGAAUCUGAUUUGAAGGGUCCAUUCAUGACAAAGGAUGCGGAUGCUAAACUUCCUCGACCUAUGUUGAAUUUGAUUCGGCCCACUCCUACUUCAACACCAUCACCCGAGAAACAGUUUGCCACCAUGGCUAAGAAUGGAAAUGUGAAGAAGGAUAGUUCUAAUCAGUCGGAUGAUCGCUCAGUUGAAAGUCGCCGUUCUGAACCUGAGCCUGAACCUGAACGUAAUUCCAAGACCAAGGAUAGAGAUGGAGAGCGUGAACAACCUUCUAUACGAUCGCAAGACGAGCCAGCCCAACCCCAACCCAAAGAUCAAGUUGAGGAUCGUGAACAAACUCCAUUAUAUCGAUCACAAGAUAAGCCUAGCGAUACAGUACAGAUCCGCGAACAGAUCCGCGAGCAGACUACAUCAUACCGAUCAAAAGAGGAGUCACAUGAUCAAGAUCGCCCAAAACGUGAUAGAAGAGACAUUCCUCCCAUCAUUAUUGGUCCAAGGGGAGACCUUAUUCGCUCAUCUGAUGUUUCUGUUCCAUCUCCCACGCAGUCCACAGUCUCAAAAGCUGUCACCUGGGGCCCAAACGAGACAAAACACUUUGAAGUUGAAAGUCCCACCGAACCAAGGGAUGAGUACAUUUCCGAUUCAUCCCCAGAAACUCCUGAGAAGCCAAGGUUUUCAGAGCCAAGAUUUUCAGAGCCGAGAUUUUCAGAGCCAAAAUUGGAGUCGCCAACUGAACCAAAAUCUCCGAGCGGAUGGGCCGCGAUGGCAGCAGGCAUUAUUGGUGCAGGUGUGGGUGCCGCAGUAGCAGGCUCGAGUGAAUCUCCUAAUCGACCUGAGCGACCUGAAUCUCCUAAGAAACCUGAGCGAGCCGAGGUAAGUGAGCUCGCCAGGAUCUUAAAAGCUAGGGAGAGUGAACGACCCGAAUCUCCUAAGCGAGCUGAGAUCAGUGAACUUGCCAGAAUUCUGAAAGAAAGAGAAAAGGAGCGACCCGAAUCUCCCAAGAAACCUGAGCGAGCCGAGGUAAGUGAGCUCGCUAGGAUCUUAAAAGCUAGGGAGAGUGAACGACCGGAAUCUCCCAAGCGAGCUGAGAUCAGUGAACUUGCUAGAAUUUUGAAGGAAAGGGAAAGUGAGCGACCGGAAUCUCCCAAGCGUGCCGAAGUCAGUGAACUUGCUAGAAUCUUGAAAGCAAGGGAACAGGAGCGCAACGAAAGGCCUUAUGAAUACCGAGGCGUGACGGUAGAGCCUGAGAGUCCAUUCGGAGAACCGAGGCGAGAUAGUCCACCUCGAGAUAUGCGAAGAGACAGUCUGUAUCGAGGUGUGACGGUAGAGCCCGAGAGUCCAUACGGAGAAACAUUUCGAGAUGUGGACAGAGACAGUCUGUACCGAGGCGUGACGGUAGAGCCCGAGAGUCCACAUGGAGAAAUGAGAAGUGAAAGCCCACCUCGAGAAAACAGAAGGGAAAGUUCAUCCCAGCAUACGAGAAGAGAUAGCCCACCAAGCGUCGGUCCCAAGCCCGUUUCGCCACGAACUUCACAUAUGCCUGGUGCUUUCGACGACGAUUUGGAUUUCACUGCAACAGUGGCAGCUGGGUUGCAAGAUAGUGGCUUCGAUCCUAACAUCGUGGUUGACGACCUCGCGUUCCGAAAACGUGAUUCCCCACCUGGUUCUAAUGAAUACAAAACGCCAUGGGCAGAAUCCAUCGACGAUCUCUCAAGCAUUCCCGGCGAAAGCUCUUCAAAUCGUGGCUUUGUCAUGGGCGAGGUGCUAGAAACUCCAAAAGAUUGGUCGAGUGUAUCGCCUGCCAACGAAGAAUCACCCAGUCUUACUAGGAAAGAACAGAAAAGGCUUGAAAAAGAACGGAGACGAAGUGGUGGUGAUGUAGCAUCGCCAAUCACUGAUGUUAUUGUUGAAGAACCUGAAAGCUAUUUUGAUCCCUCUAGGCAGAGUAAAAAAGAAUCAAGGAGACGUGACAAGGAGGAAGUGAGAACACAAUCACUUCUGAGGGAAGAAUCUUCAUUUGUUGAUAUUUUGCCAAACCGCGAAAUAGUCGAAGAACCGGAAAGUUAUGUUGAGCCUGUUGAAACUCCCAAGAAGCCCAAAAAGUCAUCUCGAUCAUCAACGUAUGAAGAUAUCGACCUUGAUUCAAAACCAAAAAGGAAAUCUAGCAAGCGCUCAUCAACUUACGACGGCAAAGUCGAGUCUCCAUUGCGUGAAAGUCGCAGGACCUUCUCCAUGGAUGAUAUCAAAAGUGGCGACGAAUCCAGAAUCCCUAGAAAGUCGAAGCGCGACAGUGUUAGAUUUGACUCACCCCCUCCAGAGGUUGACUCCGAAUCUGGCAGAUCAUUGAGAAGAAAGUCAAAGGAGAAAUUGGGAAGCAAGAGUGAACGUUAUGAUUCUCCUGACCCUUCACAAAUCUCAUUACCAGCCUCUGAUAAUUAUGAAGAUAUGGAGCUAUCAAGAGAGCCAGAUCGCCCAUCACGUCGAGAUGGUGAUGAUCCACUGUGGGCUUCAUCCCGUUCAAUCUUAUCAGCUGGUAGUAGCUCAAAGGUGGACGAAGAAGAUUCGCCACAAAAGAACCGAAAGGAUCGCAGCACCACCAAAGAAAAUAACGAUGCUACACGACCAAUUGCUUCAGAACCUACUCGCGACGAUAAUGAAGAUUCAAAGAAGAAGACAAAGGAAGCAACGCCAAAGAAGAGUGGUGGAUUGUUUGGUUUCUUUAGUGGUGCAAAGGCAGAAGCAGCAAAGGAGGAACUAAGGAAAGGAAGCCGUGAUGAUCCUGACGAUGUCAAGAAGAAAAAGAAAAAACGGAGUUCAACGUCAGAUGGAAUAACUGAGGGCCAAUCUUUCAGUGAUUCUCAACUGGUUUCAAGUGAGACUAAUGGCCACAAAACACGCGGUGAGGAUGGUGUGCAAGAUUCUAGGAAUGAUGGAGAGAGGAAGAGGAGUAAAAGUUCAGAUUCGAAGAAGGGUUCUUUUUUAGAUAAUGCCGGCAUCCUUGGCGCGGGUGCCGGCCUUGCUGCUGGUGCAAUUGCAAUUUCUGCUCAGCACCAACAGCAACAUGCCGCUAAUAAUAAUGAUAGCGAGGGAAGUACGGGGGAUAUGGGAAAGCUGGAAAGAGAGGAAGAUAUAUUGGAUCCAGAGAUUAUCGAACGACAAAUCAGACCCUCAAUUGACCCUCAAUAUGGAGAUCUUUUACCAUUGCCGCCAAGUGGUUCAGUUUCACCUAAUUGUGAACCAAUUGAUGACCUGCCCAAACUUCCAGAAAGUCGACCUACAACACCUGAAUCUGAAAAACGGACUGUAAGUACGCCAAGGGAGAAGACUCCGCGAAAUCGUAAGAGUUUGCAGGAGACUCCUGUAAAAUCUCCAAGCCAAAGUGCCGUGCCAUUAAAAUUCGUCAUGGGAAACCGAUCCAAUCUGGCCUCACCUAUUAUAACGAGAUCUACUGGUAAUACGCCCUUUCCUACUUUUCAUCCCUCUCCAAUUGCAGAAUCAGCCACAAUUCCAAGAUCUAGAUCAAGACCUAUGUCAUGGGAUAAUACCAAGGAAUUCAAGCCCCUGUAUCUAUUAGAGACUAACAGACGUGGGUCGUUUGUGCCAGAAGAGUUAAUUGACCCGCUCCCACAUUUACCGCCGUCCCGAACCAAUUCAGAGCUUGACGUGGCGGGUCUACCCGAAUCGGGCUUUUUGGAAAAAUUGGACCUUCACCGCCCUUCACUAGACCCACUUUCAACCAACCUCCCCUCCGAUGAUCACACCUCCGGAGAAUCCACACCGACUGCGAUUGCUUUUAAAAGGGACUUAGCGCCAUCAGUGGAGUUUCUUCAAGAUUCUUUCCCCUCACUGGAAGAAAAACAAACUUUAUCUUCUGGUGCAUUUCAUGAACAAUCAUCAUCUGAAACAGUAGCUAAAGCCAUUGGAGCCGCAGGAAUUGCAACUGCAGCCGGCCUUGCUGUUGCAUCUCAUGGUACAAGCGAUGAACAGGAACCAAGGUCUUCUCAAGACAUCCAGGAAAAGAGUGGAAACGACAAUUUAGAAUAUUCAUCUGAGUCACAUGACAUGCCCUCCGAACGGGAGGAGACAUUGCAAAACUUAAGUGGAGCUUCGAGCAAUCAAACCAUGAGUAUUGAAGAGGAGGUCGAACAGACCGAAGAAUUUCCUUUGUCAAAUUUCAAGAAAAAUGAGGGCAAAGGUUUGACGCUUGAAUCAGAUGACAUUCAUGACCAAGCCGAGAAUACUCCGGAGCCCAUUCAAGAACUCUCCAAUCCAGUUGAAGGGGACAAUGUCGAGUCCGUAGAUAACUUCUCUACACCAGAGUCCAAGAACAAUCAGGGUAAGAAUGGAACAGCUGCAUUAUCUCAGGAGCCCGGAUUGGAACUCCAAAGCGAAAGUCCUAGUCAAGAGGAUACACAAGGACCAAAAUCCGACUAUGCUUCAAGUGAACCAGAUGACGUGACUGGACCGGAUAGAGAUCUUAUCGAACAAGCAGCUACCUCCGAGGCUCAACUUAUUGAAUAUCCUACUCAGAACUCCGAAGAGGAGAAAGUACACGAGAAAGCAGACAAUAAUGUUCUAUCCUUCGAGCCCGAAUUGAAGACAAGACAUGUGGACAGCGUAGAGCCUCUCAAACCUAUGGAUGAAACCCUUCCAAUUGACAAAUCGGUUGAUGAACCGCAACAGCAAGUGCAGGAAUCUGGCCAAAUGGAAGAAGCUUUGCCUUCAGUUGAGAUUGACCAGAUCGAGGAACUCUCUGUUCCCAAGUCCAAGAAGGACAAGAAGAAGGCAAAAGCUGAUGCUCUCAGACUGGAAGGACUCACUACUGAGCCAAUCGUUGAAUCUGUGAUUGAAGUUCCAACACGAGAACCAUCACUUGAGGUAUCGCCAGAGCUUUCCCGCGAGAUUUCCCAGCCAUCUUCUCCUCUAGCCAGCCCCGAGGCACAAGCAUUCAAUGGUUCUGCACUGCCUGAAAAUUCUGGUGAUAUCACGCCCACAGUUUCCGAGUCUGCUAGCCCCAAAUCGAAAAGAGAUAAGAAGAAGUCGAAAAAAUCUAAACCGAUUCCUCUUGAUCCACAAUCAGAACAAGCUGUGGUACAACCCGAGCUCAAUGAGGCUGAGCUGUCCCAAUCUGAAGAUGUCACGAGAAAUCAUCUAGAUUUGUCUCAAGAAUUAGUUCAAGAACCCAUUCAAGCAGAACCUACCACGCCUGUCAAUGUUGAGCCAAUUGAAGAGUUCUCAACUCCAAAAUCCAAGAAAAGCAAGAAGGACAAGAGAAAGGCAAAGAAGGAACAGAUUGCGAAUGUCGAGCAGGACCCAAUUGAUGUCACUCAAGAGCAGGAGCAAGUACCUGAAGUGCAAGAAAAGGAACUACCAGAAGCUUUUACUCUUGAAGACACGCCGAACCUUGAUGAUACUACUCACGCUAUCGCCUCUCCUUCUUUGAAGAAGAAUAGAAAGAAGAGCAAAAAGGGUAAGACUGCAGAGAUAGAAGGACCAGUGGAACCGACAAUUUCUGGUCCUAUUCCAGAGGAUGUGUCAGAGAAACCAACACCAAUGGUUGGACCUGGUGGAUGGCCAAUCACUCCUGCUACUCCAUGGACUGCUGGCGCACAAGAAAUCUUUUCAUCAAAUGAAAAGGACUACUUUCCAGCUGCAGAAACAAUACUGCCAAUCAUCACUGCCGGAGAUACUGUAAUUGGUGCAGAACAGUUGAAGUCCAAUGAUAUUUUUGAAGAUAAGAAUGGUUCUGAUAGCCUUGCUGCUGGACAUGAAGAUAAUCAACUCGGACUUGAAAACCAAUCACAAGAGGAAUCGAAGCCACAAGAAAUUGUGAUCGAGGAUGUUUCUAAAGAUAUUGGAGAGGAUGUCACUGAAUUCAAUGGACUUCCAGCCGGCUCUCAAGAAGAUGAAUCAUCUCUCCCUCGCCAGUUACCUGCGGAGAUUGAAGAUAAUAUUGAAGAGAAUCAUCCACCACAAGAAGAACGGGAUCAAAUUUCUGCAAUCGAGAUUCAAGAGGAAGAGAAGCCCAUUUCCAAUGAGACUGAAGCUCCGGGUGGAUUCGAAGCUGGAUACAAAGAUGACCAACAAGCGCUUUUUAAGGAUUUGAAGGAGGAACUCGAAUUUGGUAGUGGCAAGCAUGAGAGAGACGAUAAAAGUGAAGAGCACGCUAAUCAAGAUCAAAUCGAAGAGGUUCCUUCUGAUAUUUCUUCCUCAGAUAAUGCUAUCAAGGGUUUGGACGAGCCAACAAAUGUCCCUACCCCUCAGGCAGAGAUUAUCGAGGAUCCAGCGAUCAAAGCUAUACUUGAAGAACCAGAGGAGAUUGCCCAAGCUGAUAAGAAGCCACAAAUGCCCGAGGACAGUGUCCCCGUCGAGAACGUUAUCAAGGAACAGACUCCUUUGGAAGAGACCUCCACAAUGGUGCAAGAGUCAGAGAGUAUCGAAAAUACGCAUAUCGACCAGGAUUUUCCAGAGCCAGCAACGACCGAAAUGACACCCAUUGAUCCGAUCAUUUCAGCACCAGAACCCGAGGUAGAGACCCAAAGCAAGGAGUCCAAGGAACAGGAGAAUCUCGACAGUUUGCUUGCAUCUAAUCCUUCCGAAGACAUGAAGACACCCGGUACUUCGGAAGAAAAUACGCCUGUAGAUGCCUCUUCAGAGCACCUCGAGCCUGAGCAUUUGCAAGGUCCCGAUGAAGCCUCUAUUGCCAUCGACUCUACGCCGGAAUCUGCUACUAGUGACAAGAGUCAAGACAAUAUGAUUGAACCGACACCCAUUGAGGAAGUUUCUGUUUCCGAGAAUGUGGACCAAGCCAACAUUGAGGAAGACAAGGCACAAGGAGAAGAAUCUGCUGAUGUUAAGCAAGAAAUUCCGGACACACCUCUGAAGCCUCCUACUGUAGACCGUGAAAUCGAAUUUUCUGCACCUCCUAAGAAGUCUGAGAAAGAUAAGAACAAGCGUGACAAGCAAGUACAGGAUUCAAUUGAAGAAGAUGCCGUUGCCAAGGACAUCAAACCCACUGGCGAGUCGUCCAAUAUCGAAAUGCCAAUUGAACAGCCAAAUACUAUGCCUGUGGAACAAAUUAUUACGAUCCCCGCGAAAGAGCAAACUUCUAACGAUGCACCGAUGACAGCAGGACUUUCUGGCCUCAUGGGCCCUUUGACAGGAAGAAAGAAGGGUGUUUUGGAAAUGGUUCAAGCUUUGGGAUGGGGCAAAAAGAAGGACAAGGCCGCAAUUGCCGCUGCUGAGCAAGGACUCCCUCCAAGACCAUCUACAGCACGCGCUGCAUCCGAAUCUUUUAUGUCUACACCACGCGUUGUGUCUGAGUCCGCCAUGCCAAAGGUCAUCGAGACUGAACCUGUCAAAGCACCGUCGCCUACUACGGAACUUGAGGAAUGGGCUCUGGCAGACGAAAACUCGAAGACAAAUUCAAAGAAGGGCAAGAAGAUCGCAAGCGAGAUCUCGAAAAUUGCUCAAAAUAUCAUGGAGCCAUCAGUCACACAAUCGACAGAGGAUGUACAAGAUGACCAAUCACCUAAAAGACAGAAGGGCAAGAAACGUCUCAGCUUACAAUCGUUCAUAUCCGAAGAGGCCUCCAAAGCAUUCAGAGCUAGGGAAUCCGCCAAUCAAGGACCAGAAACUCCGGCCUUAAAGGCAGAGCCAGCUUUCAUCGAACAAUCUCAUGAAUUCACUUCCGAGCCAAUUAUCGAUACACCAGUUGAAGAAGCGAAAAACACUGAAUCCAUGAUUGAGGUUCCAAACAUGAAAUUGAAGGAAGAUAAGAAGAAACGCCGAAGUUCGCAAUCCCCUGUGUCGGAAGAAAUGUCAAAGGAAGAGGCAGAUGUGUCGAGAGAUGCUGUUAUUGAGAAGGAACCCGAGCUUCAAGCACCGGAAAUCCAUGAGCCAUCUGCUGAAAGCAGUAGCGAGCCUUCUGAAUUUCAACGCGAACCUACUCUGGAAGAGAGUCAAGCUCCCGAAGUGUCAAAUGAAGAUGCCCCUGAGCCAGUUGUCGAAACCCCUAGGGAACCCGAGGAACUCGAUCGUGGGGCUAUUCAGGAGGAUCUUUUUACUUCACCACCACGGCCUGAGCACAUUCCUGAACCAAUUGUUGAGAACCACAGCAAAUCAUCGGAACCUCCUCACUCGAUUGACCAAGGAAAUAUUUUCGUUCCGGAACCCCUUUCGGAAGACACUCCGGAGCAAGCAACGCUUGAAAGAUCAAACGAGUCCUCGGAUGUUCCUCGCGAGGUUAUUCAGGAUGAUGAUAAUUCACCACAAGCAUCAUUUGACCUUGUUACUGAGCCAAGCGCGAUUGAUAAUGAGGCUUCUCCACCAAAUAAAUCCACUCUCGAGAAACCCCCGAAGAAUGUCGAUAUUUCUGAACCAAGCUUGGUUGAUGAACUUUUCUUGCCAAAUGAAUCGAUUCAAGAUGAUAUCAUGGCAUCCGUCGUGUAUGUUGAACCAGAUGCAAGUCUUCAAGAGUCUCGAUUGUCAGUUGAACCUCUUUCUGAGGAGUUGGACAAUGCUAUUGAAGUUAAGAAGCCAGACACUGUUGAUGAGCUUACUUCACCAAGUCACAUUGUCUUCGAGGAAGAUUCGAGAGAGGUUGAAGUUGCUGAGCCAAGUCAUGACAACGAUCAGUCUUUCUUACCACAAGAGCCACUUCUCGAGGAAACUCAUAAGGGUGUCGACGGGUCUUUGACGAAGCAAGUUAUUCCACGGGAGGAGUCAGGAACUCUGGAAACUUUCGAGCCAAGCCAUACUGAUGAAGAGACUCUCCUAUCUACUGAACCUGCAACAAAAAUUGAAACAGUUCAAGCGCCAUGCGAGAUUGAUCCUGCCGAGGAAACGGAAGUCCAAGAUGAAUCGACCUUACCCAUCACUAAGAAGUCCAAGGAAAACAAGAAAAACAAGAAGAGUAGAAACAAGUCCCAGUCAGAGCCUGAGGUGCCAAUCGAAGUCGCCAAAGAGCCUGAACAAACUCUUCUUGUUGAGGAACAAAUCUUAGAAAAGCCUUUCGUAACCACAGAAUCAAGCGAUCGCGAAGCCUUGGAGCAGCCGCUCGAAAGAUCAGUUGAGACCAUCGAGCCAGAAAGUCGUGAUGUCUUAGAGCCUGCUUCUGUACCACUUCCGGAGGAUGAUAUCAAUGAGAGUAUCGAACUUGACGAACCCACAAGCUUCGAGAAUCUACAGCCAUCUCUUAACCUUAGUCCAUCAAUCCAAAUUCCUGAGGAAACAAUUAUCAAACCAGAGAUCGAGGUGCCCAAGAGUCUUGAAGACCUAGAUGAUUCUGAGCAUGCAGCAUCAAUCCCACUGCCGGAAGACAUUGUGAUGAAUCCAACCGAGGACAUCGAGCAUCAAGGUCAUGAACUUGCGGAAGCACUUGAACCAGUUCCAGAUGCUGUGGAGAAGACGAUUGAAACCCCCUCCGACAUUGAGAUUCCUGCAAGCAAAGGAACAUUGGAAUUUCCAGAACCGAUUUCUCCCAUUCUAGAAAAGUCUUCCCAAGAACCUGCUCCAGUCUCACCAAAGAGGUCUAGAAAAGAUGAGAAAAAGCGCAAGUCUGCUACACCAGUGCUAUUGGCCGAAGAGUCUCUUUCGUCAGACCCACUCCUCGAAAGCGAAACAAAAGCUGUCGAGCCAACAACGGAAGAAGCAAGAAUAGUUGUUUCAGAACCUCCAGUUGAUAGAUCUUCGGAAGAAGUGAUGUUCAGCAAGCCACAGGAAGCCGAGUUUCUUUCAGAAUUGAUCGACCCAGAGACCGAACAGAAGGGCAUCGAACCGAUAGAGGACAUUACAACUCCAAGUAUCUCCGACGAGAUUGAACACAUUCUCCAAGAAAAACAUGUCGAGCCACCUGCUGAGGUUCCAACCGAGGAAUCCGAGAAAGAAAGGGAAGAGCAAAAGUCUGAAGUACCUAUUCUAGACUCUGAAGAUAUUACUUCCCAAGCCCCACUGGAGCCUUUACCAAUUCAACCGGACGGCGAUGUAUCAAACCAAGAAACCGUUCCGAACUCCACCAAGUCAAUUCCAGAGAGCGUGCAAACGGCCAACGAGAAUAUAUCUAGUCCCAAUCUGAUCGAUGUUGAGGUUAAACAAGACGAUACUCCCAAGUCGGUUUUGGACAUCCCUCUUGAACAACAUGACCUUGAAUCUGGAUCCAAAGAUAUCACAGACUUCUCAGAAACAAACUCUCCAGAUGCUCCAGUCAUAGAAUUAAAAGAGGACGAAAAGGACCGCAAAUCUCUUCACACAAGUCCAUCAUUUGAGCUUCCUAUGGAAAGCACGUCAGAAAUGACCGAAAUUUCCCAGCCAAUCAAUCAAGCUUCAGAAGAGGAACUUCAUGGCAUAGAACCUGCGGAGACUGUCAGAGAGAUCGUCCAGCAACCAACAGAGCUUCAAGAACAUGCCCUUGAGCAGGAACACACAGAGGAAGAUCCCAAGGUAUUUAUGGAGCCAGUAAUCGAGUCAAUUGCAUCAGAACCAUCGACAAACAUUUCUCAUGGACCAACUGUUGAGUCUGAAAAUUUCAAGGAAGAUGACCUCACACCACAGGAACCAAUUGUACAACAAGAAUCAUCAAGCGAACCAAAAAGCCUCGAGGAGCCAUCCCUAGUACUGCAUCAAAUCAUCGAGCCGGAAACUGUAAACGAAGAAACUUUCCUACCGCAAAAUGCAAUGAUCAAUUCAAUUGUUGAUGACGAGGAGGCGCCUCAAUCACAGGAACUCGAGCCAGAAACCAAAAACGGAGAAAGCUUUUUACCGCAAGAAUCGACGGUUGAAUCUUCAAUCAGCAGUGAAGAGCCAACUUUUCAGCAAGAGCUAGAAACUGUGCGAGAAAUUUCCAAUUUUGAAUCUAGUCUUGUACAAAACUCGGUCGUUGAGCCAAUACCAGAGGAAGAGCAAAUUGUUGUAGAGAAACCAGUCAUCGAGCUCAACAUUCCCGAACCAGCACAAAUUGCUUUGCCAGAAUCACCAAUUGAGCAAACAUCAUUCGAGCAAGAAUUGUCUUUUCCACAAGAGUCUCUAACUGAGCCAGAGGUUGUUGAAGAAGCACCUAUUAUUCAAGAUCGUGCAACUGGUCCUCAAAGUUCGGAUAUUAAGCUGCUCAUUCCACAAGAAUCGCCCCUGGAGCAAAACGUUGUUGAGCCUGCACAAAUUUCUUUGCCAGAAUCACCAAUUGAGCAGGAAGUAUCUGAACCAGAAGUUUCAUCUCAACAGGAGCUCGUUUCUGAAAAUCAUAUCGUUGAAGAACCAAGUCUUUCACGAGAGCAACAUGUCGAACCGAAAAGCUCACAUCCCGAAUUGGUGAACUAUUCAGAAUGGCCUUUUGGACGAAAGACUGUCGAGCCAGAACAAAUUGCCUUGCCAGAAUCACCAAUCGAACAGGAAUCAUUUGAACCAGAAGUACUUUUUCGACAAGAGCCUGUAGUUGAGUCACAAUAUCGUCCAGUACCAAGCGAUUCAUCAGAAUUGCUAUUUGAGGAAAAUGCUGGAGAGAAAGAAUUGUCCUUUCCACAAGAUACCGUCGAUCCGGAAAUAACCGACAAGGCACCCAACCCUCAUGAACAGGAUAUCGAUUCCAAAUUUUCUGAGCAAGAAUCAACUGUUUCACAAGAAUUACCGAUCGAGCAAUCAAUUCGUCAACCUUUAGAGAUCAACGGCGAAGAGCCUGUUUCCGAGUCAAACCCCAUGGAUGAUAUGACAAUUCCACAAGAAUCAUCGGUUGAGCCAACGAAGUUAGAAUCAGAUAUGUCAAGUUUGACUAUUGUACCUGAAGAAUCAGCGAGGGAUCUCGAACCUGGUUUCCUCAAUGAAUCUGGCAAAGACAAGGAGGAACGAGAAGAGAAUUUGGACAUUUCAGAAACCUCCGGAGAUCCCAGCAACGUUACUUUGACUUCCCAAGUACCAGAAAAUCAAGCGCUAGAAAUCGUCUCCGAGUCAACACCAUUUGAUCCUGUCAUUGAGCCUGUAUCAAGCUCGCCAGAUGUCGUUUCCGAAAAUCUUGAGCCAAUUGCAAAUGUGGAGCAAAUCAACCCAGAUCUUGUUGAACCUACAUCGAAUACAGAACCAAUUGCCAAUGAACAAGUUAUCGAUUCUGCCCUUGAGGAUCCUGUACAUGGUCAGCGUCCUACCGAAAGUCUGGCUGCCGAGACUGGAUCAAUACAAAGAGAUGAAUGGGCUCAGCCGAUCGAGGAGUCAAAAGAGGUGGAAAAGGAGGUUGAUGAUGUCUUGCAACCAAUGAAAGAGCAACCUGAUGUUGCGCCUCAGGCCUCAGAAAUCACAAAUACGCCGUUUGAGAUCACAGAUAAGUCAUCCAUGGGAGACGAUGCAAAAGAACUGGCAAACGGGGAUAUAACAGAGACCGAUGAUGAGUCGUUCUUGGACGCUGUUGAAUCUUUUCCCAUUGAAGAUACUCCGAUGAAUUUGACCCCUCGGGCUUCACGAGAGCCUGUUGAGGCUAUUGAGCCCGAGUUUGAAGAACUUACUCAAGAACCUGCAGAACAAUCCAUUCCGGAAGUUAUCAAGCCACUUCACGAAGAAGAAUUCGUUCCAGCCCCUAUGCCUGAGACCGUACGACAAAACGAUGAUGCGUUUCCUAAUUCUGAAGAUGUUACACUGGACGAGCACAAAUCAAUUCCAGUCGAUGAGUUGUCAAAAAAUGAUUUAUCACGAGAGAUGCUGAAUGGAGAGCAUCCAAAGGAAGAGCACAGACCAGCAGAUGAUGAUGUCACUGAGGUCUUGACCAAGAAUUCCAAGGAUAUAAAUGAUCGUGAGUUUGGAUUUUCUUCACCGGUACAGUUUAUCCCCAAAGACACCCAAAUAGGAGUACCGGAUGUUGUGGAGCCAGUACCUACAGAGAUAACACUCGAUGAAUUUAAGGCCAUUCCCACUGGAGAGAUGCCAAAGGAAGCUCAACAACAAACCGAGGACGAAUGGGGUUCGAGUUCUACCAAGAAAUCGAGAAAGGACAAGGAGAUACUUAAAUCUACCUUGUCUACCCCAUUGGAGCCCGAGGUUCCCAAUGUUGCUACUGAGCUUCCUGAGGAUAUUCCACCAAAUUCUGGAAAGCUAGAAGAGCUACUUCCAACUAUUGAGGACGUACCUGAUACUCAUACAUCUUUCCAGAUUCCACAGGUUGAUAAAAUUGUUUCCGAGCAUGAUCCUUUUGACAUGUCACACGAUAAGAACGAUAAAAUGGGCAAGGGGAUCUCAAGCAGAGAACUCGAUCCAGAGCCGGAAAUCCCAGCCUUGGCCAAUACCGUCGCGGUAUCCGAUUUACAAGAUGUCAAGCCCGGGGAGCGUCUCCUGACUUCUCCUAUUCCAAUACGAAACAUCGUUCCAGCAUCGAACCCAAUUGCGGAACCAGAUAUGACUUCACCUCCCUCAUCAUCUUCAUUCAAGCCGCUUAUCGAUGAGUCAAAAAAUCUAUCUACUGCAUUAGUACAAGUCCCUUCCAAGAAAGACAAGAGAAAACGUCAAGCAACAAUAAAUCUGGAAACGCCCAAAGAUGAUCAACGAACUUUUUGGGCAGAUGAGGUUCCCGAAGCAGAAGUUACCAGGGCUGUACCAGUCAUUGAAGAUAUUGGACGAGAUGAAUUCUAUUCUCAUAUUGCCAGCACGGUCAAAGAAUCCGACGCGAACGAAUUUUCUAGACCACCCGCCAAGAAAGGAAAGAAGAAUACGAGAAGAGAAUCAACCGAUAUCAAAGACUUCCAAUCAUCAAUGGGGGAAGAUUUAUCAAAAAUUGAACCAAUGAAGGAGCGCAAAGAGAUGCCGUCUGUAGUAGCCGCGACUGCGGCAAUUGUUAGUGCAGCAACCUUGGCUAGCAAGAGUAAGGAAUCAGAAGUUGGAGCUGUUGAGGAAGAUGAAAGCCCUAUGAUGGAAAUUUUAUCUGAGGAGGAAGAGCAUGGACUAAGUAUGGACAAGAUAGCACCAAGUGAUGACGUAUCUGAUGAUUCUGUGCCACGGGAAGACAUGGACUCAAAAGUUUCUGACGAGGUGAAGGAUGAAUCGGUAGAGAAGAAUGAUGAAUAUGACAGUGAUGGAUUUCGAGAAAUAAAUACGACUGUGCAAGAACCAGAGCAAAUAGAGAACUUCCAGGAUCCAAUGAUUGAGACAUCUGACAAGGCUGCUGCUGUGGAACCUCAAGAGUUUAGAACUCCUAGAUCUCUUAGCCCCGUUCUCGACAUUACAAGGUUCACUCAAGAGCCGGAGCAGAUGGAUUCGAUGCAGCAAAAAGAAGUCGCCGAAACAUCCGAGUCAAAUAAGGUGGAACGUUCUAUUUUGCAUGAGCCAGAGGAGACCAACACCAUUCAAGAACCAACGGAACAGAUUUCCACUGAGCAUGCGGGAGAUGAAAACACCAUUUUCCACCAGCCAAAACAAAUGGAACCCGUCCAGAAGCCAACGACACAAGUUCCUGCUGAGCCUACGAUUGUAGAACGCCAAAUCUUACAAGAAUCCGAGCAGAUUGGUGCCCCUCAAGAACAAAUGGUGCAGAUUCCUGCCAAACCCUCGAUAAUGGAAGAUCGUGAAAGUACAACACCCACGCCACCUCGUAAUUUCGAUCCCAAUGACGACAAACCUCAAGAAACAGCACUAGCUGCCCAAACUUAUGCUUCGAGCAGUUCUUCGAGCCCGAGACGAUCACCACCUGCACGCGAACCAAGAGGAGAUCUGCCAGAAGAGUACCUCUCUAGACCAUCGAGAAGAGAUAUCGAGAAGAAGAGAAGGAAGAAGUCAAUCGAAGUUGACGAUUCCCUAGAUCUUUUACCGGCACCAAUCCAAGAAGCCUUGCGAAAUACUAUUGUUGAGCCCCGAGCUAGAGAAACCAGUCCUUCGCCAAUCUCCUCUCCGAUAGCCGAACGAGCUAAAAGAGCUAGAUCAAGAUCCCGUCCUCCAUCUCGACCUGGAACACCUGGCUUGACAAUGCUACGAGAAGAAUCAGAGGAUGAGAAUGCUCUCAAUGUAGGAAACAGAGACAGUGCUUUUAUCGGCGACUCUCCAAAUCCUCCUCAAGGAAACUUCGCAGACAAGCAUGAAGACAUUCGUGAUAGUGGCAUUCACUUAAGAGACAAUUCACCUUCUAUGCGUGUUAGAGCACCCGUAUCUUCAACCGAUGCAGCUAUCGAUAGCAUGACGUGGCCUUCUGUGGAUGAAGAUGCUGGGACGGUUAAUCUUGAACAGCCACAACGACCAAAAGUUGUGGAGGACUUAACACGUCAUGGCCAUGGAAUUGAUGAUCUGCCAUCUCAGAGACACAAAGAAGAGGGGCACACAGAUCUACAUAGAACGCAGGCAAUUCACAGAGCACAUUCACCUCAUGAAGAAAAGCAUAAGCUUUCUCGCAAAACUUCUUUAAGUCGUGGAGAACUCGCAGAAGCGAAUCAUGUAGACUUUGUCCGAUCCCAAAGGCUUAAGGCAUUCCAAACGAAAUCCAAGGAAAAGUUAUCUGAGCCUCCCCGAGCAGAAGCAAUCAACAAACCAGUGACGCCAGAAAAAGAACAUAGAAGACAUCGUGUCCACCGCUCCGAAUUUCCUGAUGUCCAGUACCGCAAACCAAAGGAAAAUAAAUAUGGGGACCUUGAGCCAGUCAAAACCCCCAAAACUUCUAAAACUGAGCAGCGAAGUGUUUCCGAGAGUUCUCCAUCUUUAAUUGGAAGUGCAGCUCUUGCAGCAGCAGGAUCGGGAUUUGCAGCAGCAAGGAAGUUAAGUCAAGAAAGCCGACCUUUAAGUGCUCAAAGUCACAAAAGUCAAAGAUCCGCUUCAAAUAUCAGUGUUACUCGAUUGCGAACGCCGGUUCCAUUAGAUGCGCCUCAAGCGCCACAGUUCCCCGAUAGCGCUAAGACCAAUCGUUCGUUUACACCGCCACUUCGUCGUAGCGCCCGGAAAAUUAGCGGGGAUCCAAGAUCACUCCGUCAACAAAGCAACAUUGAUCUCGCUAAGGAAAUUGAUCCAGCCUCCAUCAAUACCGCUACAUCGACAACCUCAACAAAUACUGCAAAUCCAACUGCAAAUGAGGGCCGAGCCAGGGCGCAAGAUAUGGCCGAUGUCUACGAUGGCUAUGGUGAAGGCCACAUGGGCUCACCACGAUCCCCAACUCGACCUCACAGUAUGCGACGACGACAAAGUAUGCAAGUCUUGGAACUCGAAUCAAAAUUGGAUCAACUAACUGCGGAAAAUCGCGCGCUCGCCGAAUCUAAAGCUCAUGCCGAACAUAUGCUCCGAUCAAGCCAAGGUGCACCUGCGGCCUUGGUAGAAAGGGAUGCGCAAAUCGAUUUACUUAAACGAACACUGUCAUCGAUGCAAGAUGAGGUCAAAAGAUUGACUGAAGUGAAUGCGGGUCUUUCUAGUGCUGCUGUUACACUGGGUCAACAACAUAAUGCAAGAUAUGGCACACUCGAAUCACAACAUGCACAAACUUCACGCGAACUCCAGCAGGCCCGCGAGGCUCAUCACAACCUACAAAGCGAAGUACAAGGCAUCAUACACAACGCUAUACAAGAAAGGGACCAGGAAAUUGCAUCAUUGCGAUCUCAAUUGGAUGUGGCCAAGGAACAAAUCCGGGCAAUGCAGAGGGAAAUUCUAGCUGCCAAAGCAGGUGACGCUCAAUUCCUGAUCAUCCGAGACGAGGACUAUUUCGAUAAUGCUUGUCAACAACUCUGCCAACAUGUUCAGCAAUGGGUACUUAGAUUUUCAAAGUUCUCUGACAUGAGAGCCUGUAGACUCACGAGCGAAAUCAACAACGAUAAAACCAUUGAUCGACUCGAUAAUGCCAUUCUAGAUGGCUCAGAUGUGGAUAGUUAUCUUGCGGAUAGAGUGAGGAGACGAGAUGUCUUCAUGUCAAUGACAAUGACAAUGGUGUGGGAAUUCAUAUUCACUCGCUACUUAUUUGGCAUGGAUCGAGAACAAAGACAAAAGCUCAAGUCAUUGGAGAAGGUAUUGUCUGAAGUUGGGCCACCAUCAGCCGUUCAUCAAUGGCGUGCUACGACUUUGACCUUGUUGUCCAAACGAGAUUCAUUCGCCAGACAAAAAGAACAAGAUACUUUAGCUGUGGUGCAUGCUGUUUUAGAGACCCUAACAGAGAUCUUACCUCCACCUAGUCACCUUGAAAAUCAAAUCGAGGAACAACUCAAACGUGUUAUAAAAGCUGCCGUUGAUCUUUCCAUAGAAAUGCGCACUCAACGCGCAGAAUACAUGAUGCUACCACCACUUCAACCCGAAUAUGAUGCCAAUGGCGAUCUCGCCAGCAAAGUCUCCUUCAACGCUGCACUCAUGAAUGAACGCAGCGGAGAUACCAUUUCUAACGAAGAACUCGAGGCACAAAGAGCUGUCGUCAGAGUUGUACUCUUUCCACUUGUGGUGAAGAAGGGUGAUGAUUUAGGACAAGGCGAUGAGGAAAUCGUAGUCUGUCCUGCUCAGGUUUUAGUUGCCAAACCCAGAAUGGGCAAAGGACCAGUGGGAAGGGUUUAUAGCCCGGCGAGUGGAGCGGACAUGGACAGGAGAAGUGAUAGGAGCCGAACUCCUGCUAGUUUGCAGAGCAGUAUGCCCGAUGCCAAUGUUAUUUGA